AUGGUUACCCCGAAUAUGGAUUCGGCCUCAGAAGCUGGUCAAUACCAGGAUCAUCCAGACGCACCCCUGCCGAUCCGGGCGGACCAGUCAGGAUCGGAGCAGAGAUCACUUUCAACGCAAACAAAAACUCAAGCCGAGGAUGAACAUGACUACAACUGUGAAAGCGACAGUGAAGCCGACUUCCCACCAGUACUGGCUCAAUCCGAGCCUCGUCCGAUCGAGGACGAUGACGACGACGCCUUUAUUGCUGCAGCCGCGCGACCCCGCCAUGCAUGGCAGAUAUGGUGGUUGCGCAAUAAGGGUAUGGGGCUUGUCCUGCUGGCGCAGGCUUUCGCUGCCUCAAUGAAUGUUAUGACUCAGGUUUUGGAGAUCCACAGUUCUAUGCAUCCUUUCCAGAUUCUCUUCGCCCGAAUGUCCGUAACAGCAAUUGCAAGCUACCUAUACAUGUACUUCGCCUCGACACCCUCCCCACUCGGCACACGUCCAGUCCGCGGUCUUCUCCUCCUCCGUGCCCUCUUCGGCUUCAUGGGCGUCUACGGCCUCUACUACUCUGUCCAAUACCUCCCCCUCUCCGAGGCCACCGUGAUCACAUUCCUCUCCCCCAUUAUCUCCUGCUACGCCUGCUCGCAGCUCAUCCCCGGCGAGACCUUUUCCCGGAAACAGCUCUGCGCCGGCCUGAUUUCUCUCGGCGGUGUCGUACUCAUCGCCCGUCCCUUCAGCAAACGUGACCCGAGCAUCGCAAUCGCAACCCCAACUGCCGCCGCCGCUUGGGCAUUGGGUAUUUCCGCUUCGACCGCUGAAAAACCUCCCUCCGAGACAGACUCCUACCACCACAUCAUGGCAACCAUCGUCGCCUUGUUCGGUGUCCUCGGCGCUUCGGGCGCUUAUACUUCUAUCCGUAUGAUUGGUCGUCGUGCCCACCCUCUUGUCUCGGUGACGUAUUUCUCGUCCGUUACUACGGUAAUCUCGUUCGUUGCGAUGGCCAUCUUGCCGUCCGUACCGUUCCGCGUGCCUACUACGGCUGUAGAGUGGACGCUUCUGACGGGCUUGGGUGUCUGCGGGUUUCUGUUGCAGUUUUUGUUGACAGCGGGUUUGUCAUAUGUUCCGCCUGCGUCUGUGUCGGAUGGAAAGCCGGUGGCACAGGGGGCGCGUGCUACGUCGAUGCUCUAUAUGCAGAUGCUCUUUGCGGUGUUUUAUGAUAAGGUCGUUUGGGGAAGUACGCUUAGUCCGAUUAGCUGGGUUGGGUCUGCGAUCAUUUUGCUCUGUGCGAUUUAUGUGGCUUUCUCGCAGGAGAGUCCUGUUCAACGGAGUGGAAGUGGAGUGGAGGAGUAUCGUGAUGUGGAGGGAUACAAAGACGUCACGGACGAGGAGAGAGUGGAAGGGUCAGUGCAAGGGAAUUGA